GCCAAGCAAGUUACCGUCAGCUAAUUCGCCUCCAACCUGUCUCUUUGGGUAAUUAUUCUAUAACAACGAUGGCUCGUACUAAGCAGACAGCCCGUAAGUCUACCGGAGGAAAGGCACCCCGAAAGCAGCUAGCCACCAAGGCAGCACGGAAGAGUGCCCCGGCGACUGGAGGAGUCAAGAAACCCCAUCGGUACAGACCAGGCACAGUCGCCCUACGUGAAAUCCGCCGUUACCAAAAGAGCACCGAACUACUCAUCCGCAAGCUGCCGUUCCAGCGUCUGAUCCGCGAGAUCGCACAGGACUUUAAGACCGAGCUCCGCUUCCAAAGCUCGGCGGUGCUUGCCCUCCAGGAGGCCGCCGAGGCGUACCUCGUCGGACUAUUCGAGGAUACCAACCUAUGUGCUAUCCACGCAAAGAGAGUCACCAUUAUGCCCAAAGAUAUCCAACUUGCAAGACGUAUCCGUGGAGAGCGGGCCUGAAGAACUGAUUGACUUGCUUGGCACAAUCGACUUUGAUUUAAUUUCUUUAAGUGCUCUUCCUAAAAUAAAUUAAUCCUUCAAAUUGUAAUGACUCUCCAUGAAUAAAAUUGACAACAUUUCAGACGACAUUUCAGAUAAGAUUUUACAGGGUUGUUGUUAAAUACACUUUUUCCUUUUCUUGAAUAUCUUGCAACAAUUAAAACAAAUAUUUCUUGACAUGGGCUCCACUUAUUGAGCAACUAAUAUAAUUGCCCCUACUGCGGGCAGUGUCUAAGAAGUCAAGGUAGUUAGAUUCAGGAUCUUUAAAAUCUAUCCUUCAAUUGAUACAAUUAUUUAUUACCUUUCAAAAAUACAAAUAAUAAUUUGGCAUUUAUUUCAUCCUCCGAUUCAUUGAACCCUCCAGUAACCUUUUUUAUAACUUGAAUUUUGUAAAUAAAUUUCCGAGUAAAGUUUUGGGUGUACAAAAGAUAAUCUCUGGCAAGACUCCUUUUAUAUACCGUUGCACUGUAUGUCAUUUGAAUUUGUUCAAUUUAUAAACAAUUAUUUGUCUUUUUUGUCAAUAAAUCCAAUUACCAAAAAAAAAAAAAAACCUGCUAAGCUUGUGGUAUUUUUAGUGAAGUAAACAAAACAAUAGUAUACUGGUUUAGGUAAAGGGUCAAAUUUAAUAAAGAAUGGGGCUGGGUUAAGAUUGCGGGCUGCUUUAAAGGCAAAAACAAGUCAUAAAACAUAAACGUCCAGGAAUGUUUGUAGAAAGCAAUCAAAUAAAUGACGGUGGAAAUGGAGAGGUUAGGGUGGCGGCAACUUUACCAAAUAAAGACUGAUAUCGAAAAUGUGUGCAGACCAAAAAAUAUGUAAACAAUGAAAAAUAACCUGAUAUGUCUGCAACCACAUAGCAUGUAGUGUCUGAAAGCAUUUCAUCCUUUGUAAAACAAAAGUGACAUCUGUCAAUGGGCAAUUCCAUCACCUUUGUCGAUUGGUUUAAUAUUAAGGUAAAACAAAAACAUUUUCUCUGGCAGAAAUAGACCUAAACCUGGCAAGGAAAAUAGUGUAC